CCUCCCGCCAGGGGCAGCGCGCGCCGAGCCCACCGAGUCUACUUAUACCGGGGCCGCACUGUCUGGAGCUGGGCUGCGGCCUCCCGGACUGAGACAGCUUUCCAUGGACAAUUCUGAAGACGACCCGACCAUAUUCAGUACCCACCGUCUGCCCAGUGACCCCAGGUUCUGGGCCACUGUAACCAACUCAUACCUGGGUACACGUGUGUAUCAUGACACCAUACAUGUAAACGGUGUGUACAAUGGAGCUGGAGGGCACACUCACCGGGCAGUUCUGCCCAGCCCUGUCAAUGUCCAGCUGGAGGCCCCUGCAGGAACAGAACAGCUGACUGAGACAUUUGCCCUGGAUACUAACACAGGUUCCUUCCUGCACACCCUGGAAGGCCCUGGCUUCCGGGCUUCCCAAUGCAUCUAUGCUCACCGUGUGUUACCCCAUGUCCUGGCCUUCAGCGUGUCCGUUGCACGCUUGACUGCAGAGAACAAGCCCAUCACAGUGCUGUUACAGUCAUCCUUCUCUCCAGAAAGCCCAGACCUAGACCUACAUGUGGGGCCUGACUUCCAGGGAGUCCGGUACCUACAUGGCCACACACUCACCCCUGAGCAGCCAGGAGAGCCCCAGCUGGAAGUACACAUGCUGUGGAUGCCAGUUCCCUCAGCCUUGACCCUUGGGGAAGAGGAGCAGGACAGGACCUGGGACUUUCUGACUGUGAUCGGUGGCAGCCAGGCUGAGGCCCAGGACUGCUUUGCUGAGGCCCUGCAGCUGCAGACCAGGGGAGUUCUGUAUUCAGCCCAUGCAGACACUUGGGCCCAGCUCUGGGCAGGCUGUGGCCUGGAUGUGGCUGGGCCACUGGCCCUGCGCCAGGCCCUUCGUGGUUCUCUCUACUACCUGCUCAGUGAGCUUCCCCAGCCUGGCACCCAAGGAUCAAUCAGCCAUGGGCUCAGCCCCGGAGGCCUCUCUAAUGGGAGUCAGGAGGAGUGUUACUGGGGCCAUAUCUUCUGGGAUCAGGACCUCUGGAUGUUCCCAAAUAUCCUGAUGUUCCACCCAGAGGCUGCCAGGGCCAUCCUGGAGUACCGAGUCCGUACACUGGGAGGGGCCCUGAAGAAUGCCCAGAACCUAGGCUACCAGGGAGCCAAGUUUGCUUGGGAGAGUGCAAGCACUGGCCUGGAGGUCUGCCCUGAGGACAUUUAUGGGAUCCAGGAGGUCCAUGUGAAUGGAGCUGUGGUGUUGGCUUUCCAGCUGUACUACCACUGCACUCAGGACCUGCAGCUCUUCCAAGAGGCUGGUGGCUGGGAUGUGGUCAGUGCCGUGGCUGAGUUUUGGUGCAGCCGUGUAGAAUGGAGCCCCCAGGAGAAGAUGUACCACCUGAAAGGAGUCAUGCCCCCUGAUGAGUACCACUCAGGAGUCAGCAACUCCGUGUAUACCAACGUCCUGGUCCAGAACAGCCUGCGCUUUGCUGCUGCAUUGGCCAAGGACCUGGGUCUGCCUGUCCCCAGCCAGUGGCUGGAGGUGGCUGAUAGGGUCAAAGUGCCCUUUGACUCUGAGCAGAACUUCCACCCUGAGUUCGAUGGCUAUGAGCGUGGAGAAGAAGUGAAGCAGGCGGAUGUGGUGCUCCUGGGAUACCCAGUCCCCUUCCCCCUGCCACCUGACAUCCGAAGAAAUAAUUUGGAGAUUUAUGAGGCUGUGACGUCUGCUCAGGGCCCUGCUAUGACCUGGAGUAUGUUUGCUGUGGGCUGGAUGGAACUGAAGGACCCCUCCAGGGCCCAGGUCCUCCUGAGCAGGAGUUUCAUCAAUGUCACUGAGCCCUUCAAGGUGUGGACAGAGAAUGCGGAUGGGUCUGGUGCUGUGAACUUCUUGACAGGCAUGGGCGGCUUUCUUCAGACAGCACUCUUCGGAUGCACAGGAUUCAGGAUCACUGAGGCAGGUGUGACCUUUGACCCCCUGUGUCUGGACCUGGUCUCCGGAGUGUCUGUCUCUGGCAUCUCCUACCUGGGGAACAAGUUUAACUUCGCCUUUUCCAAGGACUCUGUGACACUUGAGGUCACGGCCCGUGUAGAGUCCUGGGCGCCCCUGCUGGAAGCUGAGCUAUGGCCAUCCCUGGCCCGGCUCCCCUUGCUACCAGGCCUUAACUUCCUCUCUCACCUCUGGUCUCUGGAUUGCUCUGGUCAAAGCUGGGUGGAGAAUGGCCAACAGCCCAGCUGAGAAGGUGGGUCAUGGAGUCGGGUUUAGCUGCCCCAAACAAGAGCUUCCUUGGCAUGGAGUUGGGACCAGAAAGAGCUGGUUUGUGGGUUUGAACUUCCUAUUCUGUGACUCCUGUUGACGUCAGAUGGCAUCUAGCAUAGUGGGCUAGGGUGAGGCUCCUUAACCACACAGCCUGUGAGAAGCAAAGCCGCGCUGUCACCAGAGGACAAGGUAGAUGAACAUCAGAGACCGUGAGUUCCGGGCUGGUGACUGGAGAAACUGGAGUCAAAUGGGCAGGGUGCCAGGCCACAGUCCUGGCCAUCUGUGCCAAGGAGCUCCCAGGCUUCACCCUGCUCCUCGGUUCCUGGCAUGCCUUAUCAGUGUUUCCCCAGAACAAGGUACAUAGAAUAGGGCCAGGAUCCUGGUAAAUCCUGUGCCCCUGUACCAAGCCAAGUUGGCUAAUUAAAGUCCAU